GGAUUAAUCUGGAUUGAUCGGAUAUUAGUGACUAUUAUUGUUGAUUAUUAUCCUUUUAUUAUUAUUUCUAUUUGCAUUAUACAUUAUUUUCAACUCCAAAUUGCAACGUCAUAAUUGUCUACUACAGUUUCCAAGCGGAAUGAGCCUGUUUUGCACCUCCUGAGGAUACAAGGCUUGAGUCUGGAUUCAAAAUGAAGUUAAAGUUUUUUUCCGGUGGGCUCUAUACGACCACCUCUAGCCUACAACUCCGUCGGCAGUUGAUAUUGCCAAUUGAAAACGUGAUGCUGUAGCCUAUUGUAGUUCAUUGACGGUAGAAAUGUUAUAAUUGUUUCUCCAUGUGAGACAUUCUCGAAUGUGGAUCACUGAAAACGAUGUAUACCGAGGCGGCUAAUUUAAAUUUCAGCUCGAAUGGAAGCAUCGACGAUCCACUGAGCUCUCUGGAUCAAGAAUGGAACGAGCCCCCGGCGAAAAGACUGUCUCGGACGGGACACCAUGUUAUGUCCGUCUUCCUUGGAUCUAUUAUGGUUUUUGGUUUCAUCAAUAACCUGGUGGUAUUGAUCCUGUUUAUUAAGUUCAAAACUCUGCGGACUCCUGUGAACAUGCUUUUGCUGAACAUCAGCGUGAGUGACAUGCUGGUGUGCCUCUGUGGCACCACGCUCAGCUUCGCCUCCAGUCUACAAGCACGCUGGCUGUACGGGAAGCACGGGUGCAUGUGGUACGGCUUCGCCAACUCUUGUUUCGGAAUUGUGUCGCUAAUCUCGCUGGCCUUCCUCUCCUAUGACCGCUACAGCACAUUAACCGUGUACAACAAGCGGGCCCCCGACUACCGCAAGCCUCUGCUGGCUGUGGCGGGCUCCUGGCUCUACUCCCUGUUCUGGACAGUGCCCCCCCUGCUGGGCUGGAGUAGUUACGGCCUGGAGGGGGCCGGGACCAGCUGCUCGGUCACCUGGACAUCCCAGACUCCCCAAUCUCACUCCUACAUCAUCUGCCUGUUCAUCUUCUGUCUGGGGCUGCCUGUGCUGGUCAUGGUCUACUGCUACGGGAGGCUGCUCUACGCUGUCAAACAGGUGGGGCGGAUCCGUAAGUCGGCAGCACGGCGGAGAGAGUUCCACAUCCUGUUCAUGGUGAUCACCACAGUGGUGUGUUACCUGCUGUGCUGGAUGCCCUACGGCGUGAUCGCCAUGAUGGCCACCUUUGGACACCCGGGCCUCAUCACCCCCAUCUUGACCGUGGUGCCCUCCAUCAUGGCUAAGAGUAGCACAGUCAUCAACCCCCUCAUCUAUAUACUCAUGAACAAACAGUUCUACAGGUGUUUCCUCAUCCUGUUCCACUGCAAACGGCCCAGUUCUGAGAACGGCGUCUCCUCCAUGCCUUCCAAGACCACCGUCAUCCAGCUCAACCGCCGGGGUCACAGUAACAACGUAGCAGUCACGCCCCAGCUCUCCACCGGCACCAACCACCAUCCCCACACAGUGGAGUGCAGCACUAACAACCGUGAAGUCACCACCCCAGUCUCCGAACAGACCAGUCCAGACCCCAACCAAGAGAUCACCUCCUGUGGACAGCCGCCUACCCCCCUCACUACCCCCCGAAGCCCCUCUCAACCCACCCCCCCUUUCCCCCACGUGACAAACGCUAUCCAGUGAUCCACUGUGUUAUAUGAUAGCGUCACCACCGAGAACUCUACAGAGGAUAUGGUGUUAUCCCUGGCAUUUGUCAUUUGGUGUCG